AUGCGAACCGGAGUCUUCCGAAUUACAGCGGCGUGUCUCAAACAGAAAAUGGUGAAACCGAAAAAAGAGGUAAGCGUUUUCGGCAAAGAAAAUUCGAGAAUAACCGAUUAUCUUGUAAGAAAGUGGCAGUCAAUAAAGGCGUUCCUAUGAAAGACAACGAUAAAAAAGCGGCGGAGUCAGCGAUUUUCGCGGACAGUGAAGGCCGAAUCGGACUGCGGAUUCACGCAAAACCGGGCGCCAAGAAAAGUUGCGUCGUAGGUAAGCGAAUCACUGAUCAGGAAAAGUUAUGUUUACGAGAUGGGUUCAGCAAUCGGAGAAUCGGAAGUGGAUGUUGCAAUUGGAGCGGCGCCAAGGGAAGGAGCUGCCAACGAGGAACUAAUUUCGUAUCUGAUGAGUGCUUUGGGACUCCGAAAGAACGAGAUUCAGUUUGACAAGGUAAAAUGAAAGAGAAAGAACGAGAAGAAGAUGUAAUCGAAAACUGCUGUACUCUGCAGAAUCGGCGGGGCUUGUAAACAAUUGAGAACAGGCCGUCUUUCGGUGUCUGUGCAGAAAUGCACGUGAACUUCCUCCGAUGAUCAUUGAAAUGAUGUUUCAGGGAGCCAAGUCGAGGAGCAAGGUGGUGCUGAUUGAAACGGAAAGAUUGACGAUGGACGAUGUAAAGAAACGGCUGCAGUCUGAAAUCGUCGGAUAA